AUGUGUACUUUUGAUAAGGAAAAGGGCCCGAUGAGGUUGAUGCAAAAGGGCUUAGCGCUCAUCCUGGUGGGCCAUAUUAACUUCAUCCUUGGCGCCAUCGUCCACGGCAGUGUCCUGAGACACAUUUCCAAACCCAGCCAACAAAUCACCACUGAAUACACAGCAACUAACAUCAUAUCUGUCACUUCAGGCCUUCUGAGCAUCGCCACAGGAAUUAUUGCCAUUGUGGUGUCAAGGAACCUUCGCACACUUAAGCUGCACAUCGGACUUUUACUCGCCUCGUUCCUCAAUGCCCUGCUCUCAGCGGCAUGCUGUGUCGGCCUCUUGGUGGCCAUCGGGUUGACGGUCACUCACGAUGGUCAGGGCCUGAUGCGAGGGUGCAACGACACAGUUGUGCCUGCCAAUGCGCGCUCUCCUGUCAGCGCACAGUGCCCGUUUGACACCACGAGAAUUUAUGACACCACCCUGGCAAUAUGGUUCCCUAGUGCAGUGUUGGCAGCAGCAGAGAGUGGCCUGUCUGUAUGGUGCUUCAUCGUAGGACUGACUCUCCGGGGCCUGCUGGCCUGUGGGAAGACCUACUACAAACAGCAGUUAGAGGAGGAGGCAGAGAGCUCACCACACAGCGCACGCCUGAUAAGCCAAAACAUCAACCCUGAUGCCUGA